CGGGCGCGGGCCGCGGGCCGCCGGGUUGCUGCUCCUCUGAGAAGCGUUAGGCCAGGACGCGGGGUUCGGGCCGUGCUGGGGGCGGCAGCGCGCCGCUCACACUCAUGAGGAGCCGGAAGCUCGAAGGUGGAGUGCGGUCCUCAGCGCGCCUCAGAGCCCGCCGUCGCUCGGCCAGGUUGGCCUCCGCGCGGGAAGCCGGCGUCACCACGUCUGCCAGGACACUAUGUCAGACCUCCUCGUCGCACAAAGUGGCCGACAGGCGAACUUCCAAGAAGUUCAAGUAUGACAAAGGUCAUCUCGUGAAAUCAGAAUUACAGAAACGAGUCCCCAAGAGUGACAGUGUUGCUUUGCCCAAAAUACCACCCGAGCACCCCUGUGACAGUGACCCUCUGGGGUUUGCAGAAGACCCCGCGCCGCCUCCAGGAAGGGGAGCUGGUGCCCCUGCAGAGCCAGAGGCCACGGGUGCCCCCCUUGGGCAUGGCACCCCUGUGGGCGAUGCUUGCGCCCCAGACACUGAGGACGGCCCGUCCCCACCAGCACGCGGGCCCCUCCCAGGAGAGGAGCCGCACGGCAGCCACACGGCGCAGGGCGGGUCAGCACUGCCACCGGAGCCGGCCCCGAGGCCGUCGGUGCCCACAGAUGACAGCGCCUUCCUGGACGAGGACAGCAACCAGCCGAUGCCCGUGGGCCGUUUCUUCGGGAACGUGGAGCUCAUGCAGGACCUCCCGCCGGCGCCUUCCUCUUGUCCUCCAACGAGCAGACGAGAAUUCAGGAAGAUGCACUUCAGAGCCAAAGACGAUGACGACGACGGCGCCGAAGUGUAGAGACGAGCCGCGGACCCGCCGGGCAGG